GUACCCUGCAGCGGUGGUGUGCAGCUGUUCCUGGCUCCGCGCUACCUGAAGGACAGCCAGCACGUGUACUCCAUGCAGGUGGAGGUGACCCGCUCCGUCGUGGCGGGGUCGGCGCAUGGGGUGUCCUUCGGCAAGCUGUACAUCCGCCCGCCCCUACAGCAAGCUCAUGUGAUGUGCCCGCGCGCUGGCCUCUGGAGCUUCACCGAUGACGCCGUCACCCGCUGCGAGGGGUCGGCCACUGCCGCGGAGGAGGGCCUUCCCCGCAUGGCCAAGGUGCUCAAGGAUGGCAUGAGCGCGCAGGAGCUCAUCUGCUCGUGCAAGACGGUGCUCGCGGCUUCCAACAGCGAGCCGGCAGCCAGCUUGUCGGACAGUCCCGCGGCCAUGGGCACUCCGCAUCCGGCGUCGGACAAUGCGGUGGACCUCGGCAUCGACACCGCCUCGGGCCGCUGCAGGGUGCGCACCAAGGCGUCGGCUCGCAUCGCUGCUGCAGCACGACGUUGGAGGCGCAUCAUGAAGCUGCGACGGGCCACUGCCAGACCCACAGAGUGUCGAGGUCUGUGGGCGACGGGCACGCUGCCGCAGUCGGUCUACGGCCACCAGGUCAGCGGUGCUCCGCCUGGUCUGGUACCGCAGCUACGACGACGGGCUGGUCAUGCUGUGGCCGGUGCUGCCCGCGGACGGUGCCUGGCGUCCGUGCUGGCGGCCGCGGUCGGGCUGCACGACCCCCGCAUUGCCUUGCGGGUGCAGCUGGUGGCGUCGUGGCGCAGCCUCUGGUUCUCCGACGCGUCGUUGCGCGGCCGCAUCAAGCGGCCCUGGCCCAGGACCCUCGGCGCCCCUCGGCGCGCUGGCAAGUGGCGCUGGAGGCGGGUCCGCGGCCCCAUGGGCGCGUUGCAGGCGACGUUGCUGGACGUGGGCUGGGACCCGCGCGCGGCCGCGGGCUGGGGGCGCCCGACUGCGGAGGGCGUUGACGAUUUGAGGCUGCUGGGCGCCGCGGACGACAGCUCCCGCGCGUGCGCCGGAUUCGGCGGGGCACUGGUGCGCAGGAUCUGGCAGUGUCCUGCGAACGUGGGCGAGGAGUUCGAGUCCACGGCUGCCCAUGUGCCUCGGGCGUUCGCUGGACACGAGGCGUUGCCUGCCAUGCGCUUGCGCGGGGCGCCUGCCUCAUGCGCAACCACUCCUGUCUUUUGCGACCAGAGAGCGAAGCAGGCCGCGGUGUCCCUCGGCGCGGACAGCGCCCUGGAGUCGACGAGGCGUGACGACGGUUUCGCGGUGGUCUGCGGCGACGGCUCCGUUGGGAAGUGCUCCGACGACCCGAGGCGCAGGCGCAGCGCCACCAUCAUUGCGGCCAUGGGCCAGGACGAGGACGGGCUGUGGACCGACCUGCGCUUGUUUCGUGCUGUGCCCGCCCCUGGCAGAUGGCAGACGGUGCCGCGCGCGGAGAUCCUCGGCUUCGCGCUGGCGCUGGAGUCCGUCGGAGGCAACGUCGGGUACGUGACUGACCACGAGCCCCUCUGGCGGUGCUGGGAACAGAGCAUGUCGUCCGUGCUGCCUGGCG